AUGAGCUUGAAAGUGUUUAUCAAUCAUCAUCUGGUACCCGAGAUUCAGGUGGCAAUGGAGAAAUGGUCCAUACGAGGUUGUGCAAUAGUAGUCACUCAAGGAAGAGAGGAGGAGAUUGUGAUGUUUGGAUACCGUGAUCGAACAAAUCUGGUCACUUCAGAGACUUUGUUUGCUUUGGCAUCGUGUUCAAAACUAGUCACUGUUCUAGCCAUCCUUCGAGCCUUAUCGAAACAGAACUUGAGCAUCAAUACAACUGUUAAAAGCAUUAUCCCGGAAUUCAAAUUGUACGACAGCUUUGCGGAGUGUCAAUGCACGAUUGAAGAUAUCUUAUGCCAUCGUACGGGCGUACCAGGAUAUGAUCACCUUUGGAAUCCGUCAUACUCAAUCCAUACGCUUAUAGAAAGGCUGGGUCAGCUGAAGCCUACAGCUGGGCUCAGGGAGAGACAUCAAUACAAUUCUUUGAUGUACGAUUUAGUAUGUUUGAUCGUAGAAAGGCUAGUCCAAAAACCAUUUGAAGAAUAUGUCAAGGAAGAAUUUUUCAUUCCUUUGGAUAUGAAAAGUACGACCUUUGCGCAUCUAGACGAAGAUAAGGAGUAUGCUCAAGGUAAUUGGAACAGGAUGACCUUGGAAGUUGAGGAGAAAUCUAGAACGAUGACUUUUGGUCUGGACAGGAUGGGAGAGAGAGGUGGUAUAGGAACGGGCAGAUUAUGGAUGAAUGGUGAAGAUACGUUAAAAUGGCUCAAAGCUCUUCCUCUCAUGCCCGAGUACUCUGAAGCGAUCCUCCCAAGGAUAGCUGUAGGUCUGGCGGGAGGUUUGGAAUAUUCGGAUCAUGCAGUCCUUUAUGGAUUGGGACAAAGAAUUAGUACCCAUAGAGGGGUACUCAUCGCUGAACAUUCAGGUGAAAUACCGGGAUUCUUAUCUCGGUUGUCAAGAUUACCAGAGCAUGAUGUCGGUUUUGCUGUACUUACCAAUUCCGAUUCCGGUGGAAAGUACCUCAGAGCCUUUGUCAAAUGCAGAUUGAUUGAGCACUUUGCUGAGCUGGACAAACUUGACUGGUUAGAAAAGAUUGAAAUCGUCCGACAAGAACAAAUGUUAUCGACAAGAUCAUGGUUGACAUCCGUCGAUGAUAUCACUCAUGAACAUGUGAGCGAAGAUGAUCCUUUAGUGGGUACGUGGAUGAGUGAAGGGUUCGAUACUUGGCAUAUCCUCUCAUCAUCAUUAAUGGCGCACCUACCUGACAUGAGUAGUCUUCCGUUCAUUCCUGCUUUGUAUGGUCAACCGAAUUAUGUCUUCUCACCCUCGAGGGUUAAGGGAAAAUAUCAAGCUUGUUUCCAAUGGAAGUCCUACGAUACCAAGGAAAUCAUGUAUGGGUAUCCAUUUUCGGUCCAGGUUUUGGAUGGGGAAAGGAUCGAAGUGAUAGGCUUGAUGGGAGUUGGAGAGGGCAUGAAUGAGGAAGAUUUUGGAAUAGUUUUUCACAGAAUGAUGUAG